AUGUUUGCCAUUGCUGCUGCCGCCCUCGCUCUUGCCACCUUUGUCGCUGCGGAGUCCCACCAGGUCACCUUCACCAACAACUGUGGUUAUGGAACCCCGCUCUUCCUCUACUCGAGUGACGGCACCCCUCAGGGCGCGACAACGAUCCAGGCCCCGCUCAGCGGGGGCAUCGCCUGGCUCGAGAAUGGCUCGUGCACAACCGACGGUGUCAACUGCGGUGCCGUCGAGUUCACGCUCGUAAACACUGGCUACUCACAGGCAGACAUCACCCUUGAGCCCGAAGGCAACCACACCUACCUGUACCCGAUCGGCUUCAACUUCACCAACGGGUGCUCGAACGGCCUCUUCUGCGACAACUCUAACUGCAAGAAUGUGGCGUCCUUCACUCCUACGCAGGUUCCGCUCGCGCAAUGCUCGGCUGACAACUGCGGAAUCAAUGUUAUUUUCUGCUAA